AAACGGAAAACAGCGGGCUCGUUUGAAAGAAGGAAAGCGUUCUGGUAGUUAUUGACAACGGUGUGACUCACAGAGGAAGUUUGUUUGUCUUUGUAGAUAAGACUACAAAUAUUACUUUUAAUGGAUACCGUAACGUCUUUGCUGAGACUCAUCCGUUGAAGCACGCAGUGUCGUUGUUAUGACAUAAAGCGGAAGGCUGUCAACAGCAAACAAGAAGCAGAAAAUAUGAAUGUUUUUUCAGUGGCUAACGUUAGCUAAGAUAGCUACAGUAGCGCUGCUGCUGUAAGGCUUCUUCUACAGUGUCGAUAUCUGCCUGGUUAACAAGUUAUCGAAACGGCCUCCAAAAUGUCCUCCGAAGACGACUCUCGCGUCCUUGUGUUGGAGGAGCAAGUGAAGAGUUUAUCAGAUGAGUUAAUGCAAUGUCAGGCAGACAAGGAGUUUGUGUGGUCCCUAUGGAAACGCCUGCAAGUGGCAAAUCCAGACUUGACCCAGGCUGUCAGUUUGGUGGUUGAGCGUGAGAAACACAAAGCUGAGAUCAAGGACAGGAAAGUGUUGGAGAUCCUACAGUCCAAAGACUACAAGAUACAGGAGCUGGAACAGAAAGUGACAGGGCAGCAGCAGGAGAUUAACAACUUGGUACACAGGAGGACGACAGUGGACGAGGAGAGUGCCCUAAUGAAGAAGGAGCUGACAGCUCUGCGUGAACAACUGGUCAAUAACAGUCAGGAACUUAAGGAAAUGAAGAUGGAGUGUCGGAGAAAAGAGGAGGAGGAGCGGCAGGUGGUGCGGGCUCUAGAGGAGGAGAAAGAGGGAUUAACUUCCCGCUGGGCCGCCCUGCGAGCUGACCUGGAGGAGAAAGAGAGGCAGGCCAACAGCCAACGAGACCAGAGGGAUGCCGCACAGGCCAGAGUCAAGGAGUUGGAGGAAGAGCUACACAGCACUCGGCAGGAGUUGUCCAGCUUGCAGAGCCACAGUCGCAGUCUACCAGCUCAGCUUUCCUCCAAAGAGAACGAGGUGGCAGCAAAAGAGGGGCAGCUCAAUCAACUUCGCUGUGAGCUGGCAGAGGUGCAGACGCUGUACAGACAGAGCACAGAGCAUGCAGCAGAGCAGAGCCAUCUGAUCAAGCAACUGGAAGGACUGAACCUUGACACUCAGAGAGUCCUGAGGAACCAAGAAGAGGCACAUACUGCUGACACCACCUCCUAUCAGAGGCUGUACAAAGAGUUGAGUCAGUGCUACCAGGCCCUCGUGUCGAGUGAGGCCAACCUCCGUCAGAGUCACCAGAACCUCAGCAGCCUGCUGGCUCAAAAAGACCAACACAUCCUGCAGCUACAGGCACAGCUGCAACAGCAGCAGCAGGAACAGAUCCAACAGCAGCAACAGCAGGCUCAGCACACGCCCCUUAAACCCUCAACAAACAGACAAACCAACUUUAAGGCAGUGGUGUCAGAGCAGGUUGACGCUGCAGCUCAGAGGUCUAGCCCUGAUUCUGACUGGGCCCCCACCCGAGGCUCAGAUCCCAGGCCAGAGGAUAAGACCCUUCAACGGAGAUCCACCACUUCUGUCAGAGGACAGCAGGGUGCACCAGUGCAGCGAUCCAGGUCUCUGUCCCCAGCCAGCAGUGUGGAGUCAGGUAGCGAGAGGAGAAGAGGGGCAGAACAGAGGAUUAAAGACCUUGAGGAGCUGCUGCAAUUGAAGGUGGAGGAGAACGAAGAGCUGAGGAGAGCUCAUGAUAAGCGCCGUGAACGCCUGUGUCUGAUUCAGACCAGCUACAAGACAGUCAGGGAGCAGCUGAAAGCGCUGGAGAAAUCAAAUGGCUUGCCAGGUGGAAGGAUGCAGCGCGCAGAACCGUGGCAGCUAAGACAAGAGAACAGUGAUGCGGUGUGGAAUGAGCUGGCCUACUUGAAAAACCUCACCAGGAAACUCUCCAUUGAAAAAGCUGGUGUGGAAGAAGAACGGGACAUGCUGCGAGUCCAGGCUGCCAUGGACCGGGCCACAGUGAAGGAGCUCCACUUGUGUCUUGCUAAUGAGCACCAAGAAUUGCUUCACAAAGUGGUGGAGGAGCACCAGGUCAAAAGCAGCACUCCGAAAAAGCUUUCUGUUUCUUCAGAACGAAUGGAACAGUCAUUUAAAAAGAUUGAACAGCUGGAGCGGAGGAUGGUGUCCCUGGAGAAGGAGACAGAGAGGUUGAGGGAGGAGAAAGAGCAGCUACUCGAGGCCAAGGAAGACUUGGCCCACAACUGCCGCAGACUCCAAGCCUCCCUGGAUCAUCUGCGAACCCAGGAAGCUGUCCGUGAAGAGGCAGCCCAGGCCCAGGCCCUGGCCCAGGGGGAGCGGCAUCGCUGCGAGAUCAUGGCUUUAGAAGGCCGGCUGGCUGCCUCUCAGAAAGAGGUUACCAAGCUUCAUCAUCAGUUGCUGAAGCUGAGACAGGAGCUGGGGAUCCUCAGAGCAGCCAGGGACUUCUAUAGGAACCGUGUAGCAGCACCAACGCGGCCGGGCGGGAUUACUAGCAACAUUAGCAGCAAGGUCAAAUUCAAAACAGCCAGGCUCAGAGGUCCGCUACAUCAGCACAGCCACCGAACAGUCAGCCCCAAUCAAGCCAUCAGCUGGCAAGGCCGCAGCCCCAGUCCCACUAAGGACGAGUGGGAGGACAUGAGCGUAGAUAGUGACAGUGAAGAAGAGUACGUGGACAGUCUCAACGGUGUGCCCUCGGGGACAGUGGCUCACAGACAACACGCUGAGAGCAAGUCCUACAGGUGUUCACUGAUCUCGAACACAGCGGCGUCAUCAGCAGAAUCCAACAGAAAACAACAUCAUGUUCUGGCCCAAGACGAUGAACAGCAUGAGCCCUGGGACCGAGGGACGAGAGGAGAGAAAAGGAGGUGGAGGAGGAAGAGGAUGCUAAUGAAGACCCAGCACUGCUCCUCCUCUUCUCUGCAGCAGCGCAUAGAGUCCCUACAGCGUCACGUUGACAUACUGCGAAGUGCCAGGAAAGACGCUGUGCUUUCAGCCAGAGAGCUGCGAAGGGCCAAUGAGAAGAUCACGGCACAGCUCGACUCCCUCACUGAGAAACUCUGCAGCAGCCAGCAGCUCACACAGAAGCUGACCUCUGACCUGGCUGGUAAGGAGCAGCAGAAAAAGGUUCUGGAGAUGGAGCUGGAGCAGUGGAGGCAGAUCACAAUCCCGCAGCAAACUGCACCACCAGCAGUACCAGCAGCACCAGUAAACAACACAGAAUGUUCCUGCCAGUGCAGGACAGUGCCCGCCCCAGCAAAUACUGCCCUUCAGGCACUGGAGGCUGAGGUCAAACAACUUCAAGCCAGACUGAAGAGUGCAAGUGCGGAGGUCACAAGGCAGGUGGCAGCUAACAAAGCCCUGCGAGGCCAACUCCAGGAGAAGGAGGACAAGCUCCGCCAGCUGCAAGACAAGACGAGCCACACGGAGCGAGAUGUGAAUAUGAAAAGGCAGCUUGUGGAGGACUUGAAGACAAGACUGAAGUUCCUGCAGGAGAUGGAGAAAAGUUACCGUGGGCAAGUGGAGGAGCUGGAGAAGAAGGUGAAGACUUUAUCAGAGGAGGCCACCAACAGGAAGGCCCUCAUUGAUUCUCUAAAGAGGAGACUGAAUGUUGCGACCACAGAGAAAAGCCAGCAUGAGGCCUCCUGCAAAAAACUGAAGGAAGACCUGGAAAAAAAGGAGCAACGCAUGCAUGCCUUACAGGCUCGCGUAGGAGCCAGUGAGCAGGCUUUGGCUGCACUGGAACAGACAGCCACUGAGCAAAUGGAGGGGUUGACCCAGCAGAGCUCCCACGCUUUGGACAGGCUUCAGAGACAGCUAGGCCAGGCCUACUCCCAGCUGGAGCAGCUUCAUUCCUUCAUUAAGGCCCUGGCCAGUGAAAUACUUUUAGACGUUCAAGAGGUCAAGCAGCAGUUGAUGAAGAGGAGGAGGUUGAGGCAGGCCAACGCUGUGGCAGCAAAGGGCGGCCUCUCAGCCAAGUCUAUGAUCAAAGCCAAGUCCAUCGCUGCCUCCAUCCUCAAUAUGUCAGAGAAUGAUCUUGCGGACAUAAUGGACACUGACCAGGGGGCAGAGGCCCGUUCAGAGAGUCCCAGAGACCAGGAGUGGCUCGACCACCUCAACCACAUUCUCCAGCAGAAGAUCCCCUCUGCCGGCCAGCUAAUGGAGGCUGUGCGCGUGAAGAUGAAGGAGAGGAAACUGCUGACAGAAGAGCUGGCCACGCUCGCAACACCAGUCAGCGAAAAAGCCUGACUCCCUGGGCUGAGGCUGGGAAAACUGUCAUCCUCUUCUUUUUCUCCCUCCCUUCUUCACUCCCUCCCCGGUACCUACUCAGUGGGAGCUGGGCUGAGCCAAGCUGAGCCGGGGCAGCAGAACCAAUAUUUGUGAGAAAAGCGCUGUCGACUCACUCUGGGCCACUGGCUCAACACAGCAGCCCGGCUUUUGUAAAUGAGCCCUCGACAUCUGUGUUAGCGCUCAGUGCACUAUGUCUAUCAGACAGGGCCCUUUAGCGCCAAGCUAAUUUACAGUGGAGCCACUCUCCCCCCACUCUCAACGCAGACCUGGGGUGAUAAGGCAAAUGCUUACGCUAAUAUUUAAGUUAGUUUUUUUGCUCUCUUUUACCUCUCCCCCCUAAUUUAUUUGGCACCUGGAGGACCUUAGGGUGCAGGGACUUGACCUAGCGAUGCCAAGUCGACACUUUGAGAAAGUCAAGAGUGCAGCACAGACCAGAAUAUUCAGAGAGCUUAGAUCCAUUUUUCAUAUCUGAUACCACACUGCUCAUAGAGAACAUAUUCAGUGACUGCAUUUACAUGCACACUAAUAAUCUACUUUUUUAAAUAUAAGAAUAUUUUGAAUUUGGUCAUGUGGUCAUGUCAACAGCAUAUUCCAAAUUAGGACAUGUAUACAGCUUUUUCUGAAUUUGCGUCUCAACUCUGCCGCAGUUUGUGACACACGACGUCUCGCCUGUUUACAGUCAGCAUUGUAAGUUGUCAUAGAUACGCUGUACCCAAACCAACGCACCAACAGUUUGCAAGAGUAGAUGUAUGCCCAAAAAGAAAAGCCUACAUUUCUGGUCAGAGGGAGAGACACGCCUACUUUUAGACUUUGUAAAAGACUUGGGUAUCAUUAGGUAUUUAGAUAUGCACAAAUGUGGCAACAUCGAUCUUUCCAAAAUGCUGGUCAAAGGAAAGAAAGAUGGAGGCUGUGUUUGCACGGUCCAGCGAGUGUGCCACUGGUUGAAAACUUUUUCAAAAAUCCUGUUUUGACGCAAAAAAAAACAAAAUGGCACAAGCGGCUCCAGUCGUCAUGUUUGGGCACGUCAAUCAGAGUAUGCACGCUUGCACGUAAACAAGACUAUUAGUGAAAUAUUCAUUUUGAUCAGCCAUGUAAACAGCUUAGUAGGAAAAUUGUCUUUUUUGGAAUAAGGGCAAAAAACGGAAUAUUAAGUGCAUGUGAACAUAGCCAUUAAUUGAAACCCGCUGAGUUUUAUCCAUCAAAUUCACUGCAAGUAUUUAUUUUAUGAAGGAAAUUAUCUUUGUUUUUGGGUGUUUAAAAUGUGUUGCAGCUUCAACUCUGUCAGUAUUUGUUCUUUUUAUAAUUUAUUUGGUAAUGAUGUUACAUUUUAAUGAGUAUCUUUUGAAAACCUUUUCUAAAUUUCUUAAUAAAAAACAAUUU